UAUCCUCCUCUUCCUGGUUGGGCUUCUCCUCCAAAAGCGGCUUCUUGGGGAACUCCUGCCUUUGGCUUUUCUUUCUUGGAGGAAAAGGAGAAAGAUCUGAGCCUGAGUUCUUGGAUUCAGAUGGAAGAAACUGGAGGGAAGAAGGCAGAAAGCUCCAUGUGGAUAUUUAGACAACUGCAUUAGAGUCUAGCAUUCCCUACCAUUUGAGGCUAGUAUUGUCCAAGCAUGAAAAUGGAGACCCGAAAAUACCUUACAAAUCUUAUACCAAGGCAGGUGUCACAGGAAGAGAGAGGGAGUUGCCAUGUUGAGGCGAUGGAGGCAUUCCUGCAAGAAAGACCAAGGGAGGUGAAACAGGAGCCCAACAAAGACUCUCUUCAGCAGUGGGAAACCCAAUGGCAGGAUUUCCUGAAGAGCGUGGAAGGUCCUGACCCAAACUGGGGGACCUCUGAGUCGAGGGAGGAGCCGUGGGAUGACACCAAAGCCUUCCUGGCCUCCUUUGAGCAAGUGGCCCAAGCCUGCCGGUGGCCCAAGGAAGAGUGGGUGCCCCGGCUCCUCCCAGCAUUGAGCGGAGAGGCCAAGCGGGCCUUCACUGGCUUGGAGGCCGAAAGCAGGGAGGAUUAUGAGAAAGUGAAGGCUGCCAUCUUGCAUGGGGACGCCAUGCGGCGGGAGGCGCAGCGGCAGUGUUUCCGGCGUUUCCGCUACCGGGAGGCCGAGGGGCCGAGAGGGGCUUAUGGCCAGCUUCAGGAACUGUGUUGCCGGUGGCUGAAAGCGGAAAGGCAUUCGAAGGAGCAGAUCCUGGAGCUGCUGAUCUUGGAGCAGUUCUUAGCUGUCCUUCCUCCAGAGAUAGAGGCCUGGGUCAAGGAAUGUGGUCCAGAGACUUGCUCCCAGGCGGUGGCCUUGGCGGAGGACUUCCUCCGGAAGCAGGGAGAGGAAGAGGCCAGGAGGCAGGCAAACCAGGUGCCGUUAGAGGAAGAGCAGACUGUGGGUUCUCCUGAAGCUGUUCAAGCCCUACCUGAGAUGGAGCAAAAGAAGCUUAGUGUGGAGACCAAAGAGGAAGAUGACGAUAGGGAUGCUGGACCCUUGGGUGAUGAAUGGAAAAGUGAGAAUGAGGGGCAACUAGGUGAGGAUUCCUCGGAAAGAACAGAGCAUGAAGCAUUGAAGGAGACUGUUUGGAGCCAAAAUGGGCCAGCGGGCCAAGAUGGAAGUCAUACAGGAGAGUCGGAACCCAAAUCCUUCCCAUUUCAGGUGGGAGACUCCCAAGAAAUCUCAAUCCAGCAGGAAAGGGAGAAAGAAAAAAGGGGGACUGCUUUCCCCAGUGUAUAUAAUAGAAUUCUCCCUGGGGACGAAUCCAUUUUAAUGUUAGAAACGACCUUCAGUCAGAGUGGAAACCUUACUGAAUGUGAAACGCUUUGUGAAGGGACGAGUUCCUACUUAUACCUGAAUCAAAGUAUUUCUGCAGAUGAGAGACAGUGUAUGAAUUCGGAUCUUGAUAAGAUGAAGCAUCCAAGAAUCAAAAAAGGGGAGAAGCUGUUUAAAUGCUUGGAAUGCGGGAAAUCCUUUGGUCGGAAGGCCCACGUCAAGUCACACCAGAUUAUCCACACUGGGGAGAAGCCUUAUCAGUGCUUGGAGUGUGGGAAGUGCUUUGGUCAGAGCUCCCACUUGCUUAGGCAUCAGAAGAGUCACAGGGGCGAGAAACCACACCGCAAUUUUGUCAGCAAGCCAAGUCUCAUUCAGCACCAAAGAAUUAACACGAGGGAGAAGCCCUAUAAAUGUACAGAGUGUGGAAAGAGUUUUGGACACCGUGGAAGCCUUAGCUUCCAUCAGCGGAUACACACAGGAGAGAAGCCAUAUACCUGCUCUGAAUGUGGCAAGAGUUUCUGCAAUCAGUCUAGCCUUGUCAGACAUAUGAGAAUUCACACCGGAGAGAAACCAUUCACCUGUUCAGAGUGUGGGAAGGGCUUCAGCCAAAGUUAUAGCCUGACUUUACAUCAGAGAAUCGAGGGCGAGAGAAGCUGCCACAGAAAAACUCAGCAUUUACUGAAUGCUGGCAUUGAUAGUCUUUUCUCCCAAUUCAACAAACAGUUUAGUGGCAUCUAAAAAAUAAAUACCCUAUAUCAGGCAUCCUCAAAGUUUUUAAGCAGAGAGUUAGUUCAUAGUCACUCAGACUGUUGGGAGACCCGGAUGGACUUUGGUUGGAAUAAAACCAUGAACGAAUGCUUAUGCACACUGCGUAUUUGUAGAGCAGAAUAAUAAUAAUAAUAAUAAUAAUAAUAAUAAUAAUAAUUUAUUUAUACCCUGCCACCAUCUCCCCAAGGGGACUCAGGGUGGCUUACAUGAGACCAAGCCCAACAAUACAGUAAAACAAAUAUACAACAUAGGAAUACAACAGUAAAAUAUAAAGAAAAUAAUACAAGAAACAAUAUAAAUAAGCACGACAUAACAAUAUUAAAACGCAAUAAUUGAACACAAAAAAAUUGAUCACAGUGGGCAGGGAAGGUUGCAAAGAUUAGAAGUUUAAAAGCACUGGGAGAGAGAGCAAUGUAAUGUAUCUGGACAGGGGAUCCAGCGGAUGAAAAUAGAGAUUAAUUGCACUAGCAGGUAAAUAAAGUGCUUCUAAGGGCAUUUUUGCAGAGUUUGGCCAGGUCAGGGAUUAUUGCUCAUUCAGUGAUUGAAGGCAAAACACAAAUGAGCAAUACAAUAUUUAAAAUGAAUAAUAAUUCUUACCAAAAUAAACCUGCCAGUAUUUUAGUGGGGUGUGGAUCUGCUUUUGGCUGAUGAGGUAGUCAAGUUAAUUAGGAUUGUUGUUGUUGUGUACUUUCAAGUUAUUUCAGAUUUAGGGAGGCCUUUAAAUUAAAGUUUAGGGUAACUGACCUUAGAGGAUCUUAUCAAGCUCUCUGGAAUUAGUUUGGGGACCCCUGCCCUAUAUACCCAUGUAUAAGUCUAAAAAUCCUAGUCAAAAAAUCAACCCAAAAUCCUGGAUUGAUUUAUCCACAUGUCAAUGUAAGUAGUGCACCCUACUUCUUAUAUAGAAAAGGGCCCAUCUCUGUAUCUGAGUAGAGUGGCAAAAGGCGAGAACUUAAUCCAUCCUUGGAGAAUCUAGAAGAAGCACUGCUCCUCUCUACCCUCAGCCAUGGCAUUGUUUAUGUCACUUUUCAAUGCUUGGAUAGGAUAUGUCGGGGGACCACAGAAAGGGUGUUUCUCCUUUAUGGACAAUUACUUAUCCAUGAGUGAUACCAGAAUCCAUAACUUUGGCUCCAAAACAUGUCCAUGCAUCAGAAAUGACGUGUGGAAGAGUAAACACAUAAAAUCCUUCGACCAACACGCACCAGAUUUAAGAAACGUCCCCUGAUCUAGGGUUUCCACCAUUGUGGGCAAAGCUUCUGUUAUCUGUCGCACCAGAUAUGCCACCAAAGAGCCCACACUGGAGAAACACCCUCUCUGUGCUUGGAUUGUGGAAAGUGCUUCAGCUAUGGAAUGACCUUCUUGACCACUGGAAACUUCACACAGGGGAGAACCCAUACCAAUGCUUAAUCUGUAGAAAGAACUUCAGCGACAUGUCACAGUUCGUGAUACACUAGAGGUUGUGGCAUAAUGUAAAAUAAACCACGUGUAGUUCAUGUUUGAUGUCCACAUAGUACCUUGCCAGAGAAAGAAAAUAUGCCAUGCAGAUAAACAGUAAAUAACAAGUAGUUUACUCUUUGCAGUUCAGAACAACAAUGUGAUCAGUUGUAUCAACUCACAUAAUGUCAUUUUAUGAGAGAUUUGAAAUGGUUUUUCUUUGUCCAUGUGGAUAAACUCCUUCAGCAGCACAUGAAGCGAGAGUACAUUCCAAACUCUGCCUCUCUCUGCUUCUCUCUUCAAAAUCCCUCUCUGUGCUUGCAUAGCUCAAGCCUGAACAAAAAUGCAGUAGUAACCAAAAGUCCCAGGCUCAGCUCCCCAGGCAUUGCCAGACCAAUCAACCUCAAGCAUCUUAUUUUACAGCUGACCCACACACUCACUGAUUCCUUGCAUGUUCCAACAGAGGUUGCCAUGAAAUAGAAUAGAAUAACUUUAUUGUGAUUGUACAAUGAAAUUAAAUGCUUUCCUCAGUGUACAUCUCAAAAGCAGCACACCCAUCCCUCCACACUCCAACCACCACCACACAGCCCCCAAUGCUUCACCAAUGCAAAACGAUGGAAUCCAAUAUAGUUACAGCUCUCAA